UCACGAGCUAAAGGACUGCAAGUCAAAUACUAAAAAAUGCUCAAAUUGCUUAAAACUUAAUGAUGAAAAUGUGCCUGUGGAUCAUGCUGUAUGGGAAAAAAUCAAAUGUUCGGCAUAUACAGAUGCUUUAACGAGACUUGCCCCAAAGCCAGAUAGGAUCUAGCAACUACAACUUUUUAUUGACUCUCCUAGUAAAUAUCUCUUUUAUAUCAAGUUUAGAUUAAAGUCUUCAAUCCCAUUAAAUUUAUUUAAUUACUGUUUAUUGUUCUUUUGUUUUUUACUUUAUACCUAAUUUUUUGUUUACUUUUUUUCUCUACCAAAUUAAUAUGUUAAAUAUUUCUGUUGCCUUUUUUAAUGUGAGAUCGCUUACCUGCAACUUUGUAAAAUUUAAGGACAUAUUAAAUGCAGAGCGUUAUGAUGUGGUCGGUGUGGUUGAAACUAGACUAGAUGCUCGAAUGCUUUCUGUUAAUUUGAAUAUAUCAGGUUAUGAUCUUGUAAGAAUGGAUCGUAACAGUCGAGGAGGAGGUGUUGCAGCUUACGUAAGUAAUAAGUUAAAGUAUAUAAAUUUGGGCGGUUCGUGUGCUGAUGAUCUUGAACAAUUAUGGAUAAAAGUAUACCUCUCAAAAUGUACUUGUAUAAUUGGUACACUUUAUAGACCUCCGCGUACCCUAAAAGAAAAUUAUUCAAAUUUUUUAAACUUUUUUGAGGAUAAUGUAUCUAAUUUCGUAAUAUCUUGUAAUAAAUUUAUAUGUGGUGGAGAUAUAAACAUAGAUUUGUUAAAUACGGAAAAUAAAUAUACUAUUCAGUUUUUAGAUGCAUUAGAUUCUUUCGGUUUGAAGCAAAUUAUAAAUUCUGCGACACGUGUUGAUCGUCAGUCUGCAACACUGCUGGAUGCUUUGAUAAUAUCAUCGGACUUGGAACCAAUUGAUUUUGGUGUAAAAUAUCCUGAUGUUACGGAUCAUUUAUUAGUUUUUUGUAGAUUUAAGCAACCAAAAAGUGAUGCUAAUAGUUUAAAAUUUACUUUUCGGAAUUUUAAAAGACUCGAUAAGGAUUGGUUAAUGGAAUUGCUUUUGGUAACACCUUUUGACCUAAUUCUGUAUAUUGAGAACAUAGAUGAGAAAGUUGCGGCAUUCAGCGGUUUGCUGAUUGAUUUAUUUGAUACUGUUUGUCCAUAUAAAACUAUUACAUUUAAGAAGAAAAAACCACCUUGGAUUACAGACACAAUAAUUCUAAUGAUAACCUUACGAGACAAAUCUUUUAAGAAAUAUAAAAACUCAAAAAAUUUACAAGACUGGAAUUACUAUAAAACACUUAGAAAUCAGAUAAAUAUAGCAAUUAGAAACGAAAAGAGGGCAUAUCUCCAGGAAACCAUAAAUAAUAAUAGAUCUCAAAAAGAAUUAUGGCAAAAAUUUCGCGACUUAGAGAUAUAUUCGAGGAAUAAAAAAACUAUAAUACCAGAGUCACUGAAUAAUGCUCAACUUAUCAAUGAUUAUUUUUUGCAGCAUAGUGGAAUAGAGACGUCGUCAAACUUGGAAUUAAUACAUUUUUAUAAAAACCACACAGUUAAAAAUUUCAAUGCACUUUUUGAGUUUAGUUUGGUGGACGAAGACAUUAUAUAUAAGUAUUUACUGGAUAUUAAAUCGGAAGCAAUUGGCAUUGACGACGUGUCCAUAAAAAUGAUUUUGCUUUGUUGUCCGUAUAUAUUGCCUAUAAUAACAAAUAUUAUCAAUAGCUGUCUUUUAUCUAACACAUUUCCAGAUGAAUGGAAAAUAAGUAAAGUUCUACCAAUGCCAAAGAAGUCACAUCCCUUAGAGCUUAGCGAUUUGCGUCCGAUAAGCAUUUUACCAACGCUUUCUAAGUGCUUGGAAAAGAUAAUGAAUGCUCAAAUUAAAGUAUAUCUAGAUAGAAAUGUUUUACUUCCGAAGAGGCAAUCUGGUUUCAGACAGGGAUAUAGUUGCACAACUUCUUUACUUGAUGUUGUGGAUGAUGUUCUUAGAAUGACAGAUAUUGGAAAAACAACAGUCUUUAGUUUUACUGGAUUAUACAAAGGCAUUCGACACCAUUUCUCAUAAACUACUUUUGGCAAUAUUAUCCUAUACAGGCUUUUCCGCGGACGCGGUUGCAAUGAUUCAUAGCUAUUUGUCUAAUAGAUAUCAAAUUGUUCAUACGGAAAACAGGCAAUCUACUAAAAAUAAAAUUCUGAGAGGUGUGCCUCAAGGAACCAUAUUGGGCCCAUUACUUUUUAAUAUUUAUGCAGCACAAGUUUCUACGGAAGUGGUUACAUCUAAAACAUACUUUUACGCAGACGACACACAGUUAAGUUAUUCAUUCUAUCCUAAUGACAUAGAUAAUGCUAAUAAAGUCUUAAAUAGUGAUAUAGAUAAAUUGGU